CAAACUUAUCUUCAUCGUGGCGUUCAAAGCUAGCCUCCGCAAAAUGACCAACUUCGACAUCAAAAUCGUCAGCGACACAGUUUGCCCGUGGUGUUAUGUCGGCAAAAAGCGCCUCGAGAAGGGUAUCGCGGCCUACAAGGAGAAGCACCCAGACUCCAGCGACACCUUCUCCACAACUUGGUUCCCUUUCUACUUGAAUCCAGACGCAGGAAAAAGCGCCGACAAGCAAGCCAUGUACGAAUCCAAGUUCGGCAAGGAACGCACAGCAAUGAUGCAAGUGCGACUUUCAGAGAUCGGCAGAGCCGAAGGCAUCAACUUCAAAUACGGCGGCAACACAGGGAACACGCGGGACUCGCAUCGGCUGGUGCAGCUGGGUAAGACAAAGGGCCCACAGAUGCAGACGCGUGUUAUUGAAGAACUGUUCGCGGCGUACUUUGAGAACGAAAAAGAUAUAACUAGCCGAGAUGUGCUGGUUGCUGCGGGCGUGGGAGCCGGGCUUGAAAAGACGGAGGUUGUGGAGUGGCUGGAUGAUGGGAAAGGAGGGUCUGGGGUUGACAAGGAAGUCCAGGAGGCGAGGGAGCAGGGCGUAAGCGGAGUGCCUAAUUUCACUAUCAACAGGAAGUUUGAGGUCGGUGGAGCGCAAGAACCAGCAGCUUUUGUGCAGCUGUUUGAGAGACUGAAGAAGGCUGAGGGGAGUCUUUGAGAGAAGUCG